AGUUUGACAAGAGAAACUACACGCUCCUCACACACGCUCUCUGGCUCGGUUGAUUUUUCCGAGUGCAGGUGGCACAUUUGUAACUUUAGUGUUUGUUCUCAUGUGGGGGAUAACGCGGCAAAAAGUUUAACCUUAAAGAAUUCUUAUUUGAGGUGAUGAAUUAUUGUUUUGGUUAUUUAAUUGUUGGAAAAUCGAUCAAUGCCACCUAAAAAAAAAUCCGGGGGGGCGAAGGCUGCGAAAUCUAAGGGGGGUGAUGAGGGGGAGAAGGGGAAGGGGGAGAAGAAAGGGGGAACUGCUGUUAAGGUCAGGCAUAUUCUGUGUGAGAAACAGUCCAAGAUUCUCGAAGCUAUGGAGAAACUGAAGGCUGGACAGAAGUUCAAUGAAGUCGCAGCUACUUAUAGUGAAGAUAAGGCACGCUCCGGUGGAGAUCUUGGCUGGCAGACCCGAGGAGCAAUGGUAGGUCCUUUCCAAGACGCAGCAUUCGUCCUACCAAUCUCCAACCUCGGCAAUCCAAUCUACACCGAUCCCCCAGUAAAAACGAAAUUCGGAUACCACAUUAUCAUGGUAGAAGGUAAAAAAUGAUCACAAGAAUAGUACACACCAAAUCCCCAAUAUUCUGUAAAUACUUUUUUAUUAUCAUCAUACACAAAUAAAAUUUAU